AAAGGCACCCGGUGCAGCUUUCACUGUGACGCAGGCAAGGCAGGCAAGGCCCACUGCUCCAGGUUGUCCGGUAAGCUGCCUGCAGAGCUGCACGCAUGUUGCUGGUAUCAGGAUUCGGGGGCAUUAGGAGCCAAACGCGAGGAAAAGAAACGGCGGCGAGCGGUGGAAGGCAAACCAGGACGGCAAAUGAUUGAUUUUAGCUUUUGGCACAAACUAGCGCCGCUCGUUUUCUGGUUAGUUAAUGGGGCAAUAAGGUAGGCUACCGUGGCUGUCGCCAGCACUACAACUUUAUUUUCACGGACUCAAGCGACGCACAGGCAGUGUGUAAGUGUCUUUCAGCAAGGCAUAUCUCACGUCUUCGAGGACCAUGACGUUUUUUGCACAGUGACUAGCAAUAUAACCUACAUUUUUUUUUCAAUUACAAAGCGCGCGAAAGGUUAACUUGAUAAAGCUUCCCCUCUUCACGUUCAACCACCACAUGAGAGGUCGACGUCGAUAAGAGCCUUCCUCCCGUUUUUUGUUUUAUUUUUCAAUUGGAGCCGCCUAAAUCUACGUUGGGGAAAUGCCUUUGGGUUUGUUCUGGAUGUGUCUGUGGUGUUUUCUUCGUCCUGGAGCCACUGGUCAAGGACGGUCGUCCCCGGCUGCUUGUUCCCCCUCAUGCAGCUGCGAUGAAGAUGGAGGUGCCGACUGCUCCGGGAGAGGACUGACCACCGUCCCGGCUGGCCUCAGUGCUUUCACCUACUACCUAGAUCUCAGCAUGAAUAACAUCACUGAACUUCCAGCAUAUGUUUUCAAGAACUUCCCGUAUCUGGAGGAGCUGAGACUUGCAGGGAAUGACUUGUCCUUCAUCCACCCUGAAGCCUUUUCUGGAUUGCAUCAGCUCAAAGUCCUGAUGCUCCAGAAUAAUCAUCUGAAGACAGUACCGAGUGCUGCUCUGAAGAACCUUCAUUUUCUCCAGUCUCUUCGACUAGAUGCAAACCAUAUCACUGCAGUUCCAGAUGACAGUUUUGAAGUUCUUCAGCAACUGCGGCAUCUAUGGUUGGAUGACAACGACCUUACAGAGGUCCCAGUUGGUUCUCUGCGGCACCAAUCAAACCUACAGGCACUAACGUUGGCACUCAACCACAUCUUGUUCAUACCAGACAACGCCUUUGCGAACCUCACCAGUCUAGUUGUACUGCAUCUUCACAACAACCGAAUUACAGAGAUUGGCAACAAAAGCUUCACUGGUCUUGUGAACCUGGAAACAUUGGAUCUUAACUUCAACAACCUGAUUGCUUUUCCAAAAGCAAUCGAAGCCCUGCCCAAACUGAAAGAACUGGGAUUUCAUAGCAAUGAUAUUGCUUCCAUACCUGAAGGGGCUUUUCAUAAGAACCCCCGACUAAGAACCAUACAUUUCUAUGACAACCCUUUGUCCUCUGUGGGUUCCACGGCUUUCCAGAAUUUGUCUGACCUCCACUCCCUGAUGCUGCGUGGAGCAGGCUUGAUGCAUGACUUCCCAAUCCUCACAUUGACAAACAACAUUGAGAGCUUGACACUAUCGGGCACCAAGGUAUCAUCUGUUCCCAAUGAUCUGUGUGACAAUCUCAAGCUCCUAAGGAAACUAGAUUUGUCCUACAAUGAGAUCAAGGAGUUACCAUCUCUUCAGGGCUGUGUCCGACUGCAGGAGAUAACCUUUCAGCACAACCAAAUUGAGCAAAUAGGAAUGCAACAUUUUCAAGGUCUAACUGCUCUUCGUUUGCUAGACCUGAGCAGGAAUAAAAUCAAAUUUAUUCACAUAGAUGCAUUUCUGAGCCUUGCUACUCUUACUAACCUAGAUCUGAGUAUGAAUUCUCUGACUGUGCUUUCGAUGAAUGGACUGAGUACCCUCAAUCAACUGAAACUCUCAGGGAACCCACAGAUGAAAAAUGUGCUGACUCUAAGGCAGUUACCCAAACUCAGAUCUAUUUCCGUUCCUUACGCCUACCAGUGUUGUGCAUUUGUGGGAUGUAACUCUGUGACAAGUUCUUGUGAGGGAAAUGACGUCAAGCGAUCAGGAGGUGGAGAGGUGGUGGAACGAAUUCCAAUGACCGUGCAUUGCUCGCCCUCACCAGGAGCUUUCAAGCCUUGUGAACAUCUUUUAGGCAACUGGAUGAUUCGCCUGACAGUUUGGUUUAUCUGUUUAGUGUCCCUGGUUUUUAACAGCCUAGUGCUGGUUGCCACCUUCUCAUCAUCACACUGCACCUUCGGCCACUCCCAAUUCUGGACACUACCCAUCCCUCCACCCAGGUCGUUGAUGGGGCUUCUCGCCUUGGCAAACCUGCUUACUGGCAUCUAUGUGGGUGUGUUGACUGUGUUGGACUUUGCUUCUUGGGGAUCUUUCGGGGAGUUCGGGGUGUGGUGGGAAAUGGGAGCUGGCUGCAAAUUCACAGGCUCUCUUGCAGUGUUCUCAUCAGAGUGGGCAGUUUUGUUGCUCCUACUCGCAGCAGUAGAGCGCAGCGUGGCUGUGCGGGAUAUUCUCUGCAAAGUGAUGUCACCCAGGAGGAGCAGCCUCGGUCGCAGAGGAUGCUGGAGACGAGAUCACCGCUUCAGCCUGGCUGCGGGGCUUUUGGGGCUAUUUGCUGCCGGUGCAGCCUGUCUGCCUCUAUUGACAUUUAGCGACCAAUCUGCCUCUCCUCUCUGCCUGCCCUUUGCUGGGGCCGAGAAUCCAGCCCUGAGUGUCACGGUUGUUCUGGUGCUGCUGAAUGCAUUGGCUUACCUGUUCACGGCAGCCAUAUACACUCAGCUGUACUGCAAACUUGGGAGGGUGGACCUAGUUGACCCAGAGCAGACUGGUGCCCUACGCCAUGUUGCUUGGCUCAUCUUCACAAACUGCAUCUUCUUUUGCCCUGUGGCAGCUUUCUCCUUCGCCCCCCACUUAAUAGGAUCAACUGCCGGAGGGCCAGAGAUUGCCAAGUCCGUCACUCUCAUUUUCUUCCCCCUGCCCGCGUGCCUCAACCCAGUUCUCUAUGUUUUCUUCAGCCCAGCUUUCAAGGAAGACUGGCUUAGGUUACGCAGCUGCGGUCGUUUAAGCCGGGAGAAAAAGCAAACUGGAGGCAGAAGUCACGAAAUUGUUGGAGGUGGCUCUGAGCUCACGGGUGGCGGCUCAUCCUCUCAAUUAAACUUUGAAUGCGGAGUUUAUUCUCAACUCUGUGGAGAGAUGGUUGUGUGUGAAGAGUGUGAGGGCAGACUGCAUGUGAAGACCUGCUCUUCCCCCUCUUCCUCCACAGUGUGUAAACACCUGGUGAAGUCUCACAGCUGUCCCACACUUUUGACAGGAGUGGCCACGUGCCAGCACGCUGAGGGAUCCUGGCCCGACAGCGGUACACCGUCCGCUCAGUCAGUGUACGUUGACGAGGAGGACUCGUUUGUAUCUGACAGCUCAGACCAAGUUCAGGCAUGCGGCAGAGCCUGCUUCUGUCAGAGCAGAGGCCUCCCUUUAGUACACUACUCAUACAGCAUACCUCGAGUCAAAGACUAAAGCCGCCUUGGCACUCCAUUAUAUGUGUGCAAAGAUCUACGUAAUGUGUUCACACGGGGACUAUUUACCUUUGGUGAAAGAUUGCAGCAAGCACUUACUGUAUGUUUGUUUUUCACUGUGUACACAGAGGCAGGCAAUCAUUUAAAGGGAACUUUUAAUUAAGUAACUGUGGAGUAGAAGAUUCUGUCAAAAGAUGGCUGAUAGACAUUGCAGAAGGUAUCUCGCCACCUGUGCCUCCUUCUUGCCUUCGAAAAGCCUCAGUAACUUGUAAUUUCGCUAUGUGCGAUCAUGAGCUUUUUCAAUGUAGUUGGAAUCAUUGUAAGCCAUGUCAAAUGUUAAAGCGCCUCUGCAGCAAGUGGUCAUUUUAUACUAUCUUUUUAUUUUUUUACAUCAAUGUAGCAAACAAUUGUAGAGUUUGUAAUGUAUGAGUUUGUUGGUCUUCACCUCAAAGGUGAAUAAUGUGCUACCUGCCUGUGACUGUGAUGGAACAGUGUGUUAAUGUGAUGAGAGGUUGUCAGUUUCUACUUAGCACGUGCUUGUAUUAAGUUAAGUCACCAAGACUAAGAAUGUGAUCCAAGUAACAGAUAUCACUGUUUAGAGCAACAGCUCCGCUUGCUUAUUUUGAAUGCUGGUCAGAACUAUUUAUUGUUUGAGCCGCAGCAAUGUUUGAAUGGAGGUAGUGUCAUUUGUUUUAAAAGGUAACCUUGUUCAGUGACUAAUAACCAGGCUUUGUUGGCUAUUGCAGAUGUAUUUUUAAAAUACAUAAACUGUUACAGUGGAACCUUGAUGUAUUGGACUAAUAGGGACGGGUGGGGGAUGGGGUCAUCUGUUCUUGUCAAUUGUCUUUUAUAUUGAAGCCCUUUUUGGGUGCACCACGAUUACUGUACAGAACAAAGUUAUUGUUUUGUACUUUUUUCAUGUCCUAAAACACCCCGUAUAGUACAAAGUUCUUGGAAACAAAAUUUUGAAAAGUUUGCAUUUUGACCAAACCAUCCACCCCCAUGUGGUUCUUGUAAUGACUACUGUCAAGUCAGGUGGGUCGCUUUCAUGAGCCACUAGAAAUUAGUGUGCUUUCUAGUUCUAAAAUCAGGUAAGAUUAGAUGUCAUAGGCCAGGGGUUGGUAACAUUUAACACUGAAAGAGCCAUUCCGACUCGGUUUCCACGGAAAAAACAACACUGGGAGCCACUAACACUUUUUCCAUAUCUGAAAUGAAAAUGUUAGCCUCUACAUAUUUUUUCUGUCCAUACACCCCCGAAAGAAUGAGAAUAGGAAUCUGUGCUGCCUAAAAGAAACCAGUGGCUUCUUUUCAUAUACAGUAAGUAUGUGAAUUGUACCAUUGGAUGGCGCAACUAGUCAUCCCUCACUCAUUGAAUCACAUUGCAAAGUGCCACAAACUGAAUAGCUGUUAUACUUUCAAUUUACAUUGGAUCAUUUUCUUUAUUUAUUUUUUAUUGCGUGCAAUGCAGAAUAUCUGCGAAGAGACUCAGUAGUGCACAAUUGCGCACGCGUGCAGUUUGGAGGCAACAUUGCCUGACGUCUUUUUUUUUUUUUUGGCACGCCGUCCCGCGAUCGACCAAGACUGCCUCGCCAUCGACGCAUUGAGCACCCCUGCUCUAACCAGUUUCUCUCUCUCUCUCUCUCUCUCGCUCUCUCUCUCUCUCUCUCUCUCUCUCUCUAACUCUCGCUCUCUUUUUAUACAUAUAAAAUAUCUUUACAAUUGUAAAAUAGUGUUGAGCAUCCAUGUUUCAGAAAAUUUUAUGAAUUAGAUUAACUCAUUUUGAACUCUUAACAACAAAAACUCACAGAGUUGGUCUCUUUCAAAUGACUUAAAAAGCUAGACUUAAAUUAUUGAUCUACCACACAAAAGUGUCGCGAGCCAUCAUCCUCGGAGCUUGUAGCGGAACCUUAACGUCAGUUUAAAUAUACAAUGGUAAAAAGACCAUUUCACUAAACAAUGAAAAUAAAUAUUAUAAUUAUAAUAUAAAUAAUUUCCUUAACUGUGUGUGUGUGUGUGUGUGUGUGUGUGUGUGUGUGUGUAUAUAUAUAUAUAUAUAUAUAUAUAUAUAUAUACAUUGUUUUUUUUCUUUUCAUUUUUCAGUGAGAUAGUGCUCUUUUUUUCCAUUAUAUUGUAAUACCCAUGGCAACAGGCAAAUGAGUCAGCGCUGGGUUUUUUAGUUGCUUUUUUUUAAUUAACACUCCUGCAGCACACUCUCCAACAACAAUAAGCUGCUGGUUACACUCACUCUCCCCCUUGUCAACCAUACUCUGACCCCCCCCCCCCCCCACGCUCUUAAAGGAGUACACUCAUUGUUUGCUAGAUCGACAAUUUAAGUUCAGCUUUUCAAGUCCUUCACCCUGCGAUUUUUAUUCUAUUUUUUUAAGAAUUCAAAAUAUGUUCUUUUAAUGGAUAAAAUUGAAUUUUCUUAAACAUGGAUGGAUUGCAUUGAUUUCAUAAGCAACACACUAUUUUAUGAGUGUCUAUAAUAUAUAUAUGUAUGUGUGUGUAUAUAUAUAUAUAUAUAUAUAUAUAUAUAUAUAUAUAUAUAUAUAAACAUCUUCAUUUCGGAUGUCAAAUAGUAAGAAGAAAAAAGAAAGAUAGAUGGAUGCUGUGAGGGAGGACAUGAGGACAGUGGGUGUUAGAGAGGAGGAUGCACGAGAUCGGCUUAGAUAGAAAAGAUGACACGCUGUGGCGACCCCUAAUCGGGACAAGCCGAAAGGAAAAGAAGAAGUGUUGUCUUUUCCAUGGAAACCGACUGGAAAAGUCUCUGAGUGUAAAAGGUUGCCGACUCCUGAUCCAGCCUUAUUGUAUGUGUGACCCGGAAAUUCAUCAGUCCUGUUUUCUGCUUGCAUUACGUCCCAGCGCCAGUAAACAGUAGCGGCCAAUUCUGGAAUGAAAAGACUUUAUUUAAGUUUAAGUGAGAAAUGAAACCUUUUUUGACAUUGAUUAGUUCUUCUGGUUCAUUGUGUCCGAUAUCUGUUAUAUUAGGGUCUCUUUUUUUAGAGGUUCCAGUGUACAUGUAAAAUUAUCGGUCAUUUUUGCUCAUCUGACAGUUCCAAAUGUUAUGUUCUUGAUAAAAACACCUUGUUGUCAUUCUGUUGAUUUUGGUCGGACAAACACCACUCAAGUGGUGAUUUUAAUUUUAUUUUAUUUUAUUUUUUCACGUCAUUGUAAUACCGGAUCAUUCAUUGCUUUGCCGUGCAAUGUGAACGUGUAUGAUCACACUUUAUUUUGAACUCGGUUGAGACUUAAAAUACCAUUUUAGUAAACCAAAAUGUAAUUGCUUUGCACAAAUUGCCACCAAUCCGUUUAAAUGUGUCUGUCACUCAGAAGUGCAUAUAAUUAGAUAAUGACUUAAUUGAGCUUUAAUUACUGUUCAGAACACGUUAAUUAUAUAUUUAUUUGAGGGUGGACGUAGUUCAAAAUUGACAAGGAUAUGCCAAACAAGGCUUUUCAAAUAUACUCCACUGUACAACAGCAACAUGAUAAUACUGUACUGCUGGAUAUCUGCUCCUGUUUCCAGUCUGUCUCAUGUGUUGCUGUGUAAGUGGUGUGAAGAGCAUUGGUCGAGUGUUUUUCAUAUUAAUCUCAUUUCCAAGUAUCUUCAAAUCUGACUUUAGGAUUCACCCUCACAGCAUCUAUCUGCAAGUGCUCAGGAAUGUAUCCAAAGGAACUUUGUCUCCACCAUCAGAUGUAUCCGUGAAUGUUUUUGGAUUGUUUGGUACUCAUGUCAACAUUGUCAUUGAUUAUCUGCCGCACUUGCCAAAAUGUCUUGAUUGUUCAACAUCUAUCCCAGCUGAUGAAAAUUUAUUAAGGUCGAUGUUUAUUGAAAAAAAUAAAAAAAUCUAGGUGUUAAUUUCUAUUUUUGCAACUAUAAAUUAUUUGAACAAAUUUAUUAAGACAGGGAUGCUACUCUAGAAAGCUACCUCCUUGGUUGUAAUUAGCAGCAAUACUUUAGAAAUGAUUUUUUUUCCUUUUCCUUUUGUUGGCAUCCCUGGCUUAUGUUGACCUUUUUUGUGGGAGGGAUCUAUACUGUAUACUGUGAUUUUUUUUUUUUUUUUUAAACAAACUACAUAAAACAAGAGGUUUUAUAGAUAAAUGUGGAGAAAUAAUAGAUGGAAAGUUAAUUCUUUGUUGCUUGUCCUUUUCAUGAGAUCUUCCCAAACUGUAUUGUUUUAUUUGCUCAUGUAAAAAAAUGUGAAUAAAACUGGUCAAACAACCAUAUUUUCAUUAACAUUGGCUAUUGUACCUUAAACACCAGGACAAUCGUGACUGUUCACAAGUAUUUUAAUAUUGCUGCA